AGUUUCAUAGACACAGGAACCGAAGGCCUUCCGCUUAAAAACAAAUACAGAAUUUCUGCGUGGAAUGCCGUAUUCCUUGGGCUAAAUCUUGAACUAAAACUUUGGUCACUCCUUUAACUGAAAGACAGACUAACAGAAGUUUAUUAACGGUAUUUUCUUGUUUCGACGACGCAAAGUUAACCUACAGUAGCCAGAAUUGAAAAUGGUUCCAAUGUUCGGAGGUACUAACCUUAUGCAACGUCCUCCUGAAAGGCCACGGACAACUGGUCAAGCUAAUAACGAGCCAAGACAACUGGACUUCACUGCGGCUAUGAACGACUUUAAACACAUGUUUCCUAACGUGGAUCGGGAAGUUAUAGAAGCAGUUUUGCGCGCUAACAACGGCUUGGUAGAUGCUACCAUUGAUCAACUGUUAUCGAUGGGACUUGACAUGGAAGGGACAUCUUCAACGCAGUCUGAUCUUCCCCCUUUACCUUCUUACAGUGAUGUGGAUCGUUCAGAACCGCCUCCAGCUUACACACCUCGAGAUCAAGAAAUUUCGCGGAGUUCUGGGAGUCCAUCUCGGCCGCUUCCUGCUAAACCUUACUCGGCAUGGAACCCACCAUUACUGGGCAAAUUGCCGGAUGAUUUUUUACGUCUCGGUCCUCCCUCAACGAGUUCUACCGGCGUUUUUGGCGACAGUAUGGGCGACCAAGAGCUAGAAAGAUUUCUGGAAGAUGAAAAAUUGGCCAUGGUCUUGCAGAAUGAAGAAUUUAUGAGAGAGCUGAGGCAUAAUAAGGAUUUUAUGUUGUCAUUGGAAAAAGACGGGCAAAGAAAUACAGUUCCAUCUCGGAACAUGACACCAGUAGAAGCCCCAUCCAGAAAUGUUCCAGUCGCAGCUGGAGGAAGUAACAGUAGUAGGCAUGCACCUCAACCUCAGACUCCAACACAAGUGUUGCCUGGGAGCUCAGAGACUGCUGGAGCAGUUGGUGGACACUCAGCACCAGCUGCAGAUUCAGCCUCCCCACAUGAUGAUGCUGUCUUGAGGGAGAAGUUAAAGCACAUGGGAAAGAGUACAAGAAAGAAGUUCGACAAGCUGGCACGAAUGUUUCACAGGAAGAAUGUUAACCGAACAAACCACCAGAGGCAGAACAGAGGAAGGCAGCUGGAAGUAUCGAGCCAAUAGUCUUCUUCUCUGACGAUAACGAGUUUCAAUUUAAACAAGAAAACUAGAAAUAUAUAUGUAUAUAGUGAGAAAAAUGAUUUCAACUGUCAUUCAGGUUUGUUACAGGGGGCAGAAAUUACUACUUUUGGUGUAAACAGUGCACACCCCAACUUAAAUAAUGAAAGAGUACAGGCCUGAAGUAUUGUGAUAAUCAGUAACUGAGACUUAAUUUAAUGUAAGUGUCACGGCUGACUCAGAAUCUGAGUACCACGCGUGGCUGAAGGAGACUGCAUGCGCACUUAUAGGAGGGAAGGGGAUGGAUGAGACUGAGGUGAAAAUCCGAUGAAAUGUAACAUCGGGAUGAUUGAUCUUGAGGUUAACAUUAGUUGGGUUGAAAAGGGAACACAGGUACAGCUCCAUCAUGAACGAGAAUGAAAGAUUUGUGUGUUGAAAAAAAAAGCAUUUUCAUUAGCGUUGCAUCUACCCCCCAACACAGUUUCAGAAAGUUUAUGAAAGGCUGUGGAAAAAUAUUUCGAAUAAUUAUCCUACAAAACAACAAUCAUUAGGACUAGUUCAUUUGAUCAGAUUUGCCAAAGCUGACAGAACAUGAGAGCAUUUGAAUUUUUCUAAUGAACUAACAAACUUACAGUCAUACUAGCAAUAUUAACAACUAUUCACCACUUUCACAGACGCUAAGGUGAAUAAUUGUUUUAUUAUAUACCACACAGAUACCAAAAA